AUUUAAUUAGAAGGAAUGGGAGGCUGAUGUAGUGAUACGAAGGUGACACUGAGGGAUAAUUUUAAUUUUAAGAAGACGAGACAGCCGAAAGAGUCGGUGAAUCAAGUGAAGGAGAUUGAGAAACAGCAAAAGAAGGCGUUGGAUUAUCCAAAGAAGCGUAUUUCGCCUUUAGAUUUCUCUCCUGAUAAGAUUAAUAGUUUUUACAAGAAGAAUCAGCAGAGAGAUGUUGAGCAAUUGUAUAGUAAAAGAAGUAUUGUAGAAACUGGAGGGACAGGAUGAGUGACAAAGGAGGAUAAAAGUUGUGUAUCAAUUUACCGAUACUAACAUGCCUGCAUAGCAUAUUUUAUGUCAUCAAAACUUUUCAAUCUUG